AACAAGCCGCAAAUCCUCGCACUAAGGCCGCAAAGCGCAGGCGGUAUCUCGACCAUCCUAUUGCACCUGAACCUCCUCGCAACUGCAUCGACUUCUGAAUUUCUCGCUCCCGUGCGAGCGACCCUAACACAACAUAAAAUGUCCACUCAACGGCCGUUCUUCCUCUCAACAUUCUUCGCCGCAUUUCGGCAUCAAACGCCAGCGUCCUUGUCGAGCCCGGGCGCAUCAACCCAGCAGCCCAACAAACACGCCACACAAGGAUCAAACCCAACGCAACAGACAUCAGGAUCGACGCCACUGUCCAUAUCAUCGACGGCGGCUGCGGCAGCGACCACGUCGGCGACGUCUCCGCCGUCGCGAUCAGGAGGCGUCAUGAGCCAGCUACCGCUACACUCCCCACGACAUCAUCACCACCACCAUCACCACCACAGCGGCGGCAUCCCGAUACCCCAGCCGCAGGGCGGCCGAGAUAUUGGCCACGGCCGGAGGAGGGGGAGCGAUAGCAGCAGCGAAGGGUUCAGGGAUGCGCUCGGGGCGGAGAAGCUGUACAUUGGCGGGCGGACCGCAACUGGGGAAGAGAGGUUUUUUAAGCUUGGUGUUGUGAGGAGGGUGAGGAGUGGAGAUAGAUUAAGCCUAGACCGGUUGAGUCUGUGAGGCACUGCAUCAAUAUGGGAACUUGGUUGACGACUGCAGAGAAUACAGGACUGCCCGGGGGUGGUCUCUCAGACAACGAAUGACGACAAUGUAUGUUUGAGAUUGAACGGGUAUGGAAGGGUUCAACGGGCGUUUCUGGGGUUGGCGUCAGGCGGCGGGUUUGGCAUGAUCAUGGACACGUAACAAUACAUAACAUGUUUGGGCUCGAACGGGUUGGGCUGGAAAAAGAGUUUUGCAUUACAUAUCACUUAGAUAUGCCCGACGAAAGUACACGUACAUACAAAGCGGUCUCACAGCCUCCUCGUCUCCUAUCGACCAUGCGCAACCGUCGGACCAACACUUUCUCUACCACGUUCCAA